AUGGCUGUUGAAUUGGUUGCUGGUGCUCUGCUCUCAGCCUCACUUCAAGUUCUGUUUGAGAGAUUGGCCUCUCAAGACAUACCCCAGCUGUUCCAAGGAAACAAAUCCAUUCUGAAGCUGCUCGACAAGCUCAACACUAGGAUGUUAUCAGCUAACAAACUGCUCAAUGAUGCCGAGGACAAGCAACUUCGAGAUGACAAUGUCAAGAAGUGGCUUUUCAAGCUUCAAGAUGUUGUCUAUCAAGCCGACGACUUGGUGGACAUGAUGGACUAUGAAGCUCUACGAUCCAAGCUUACAAGCCGCACGACCGAGGUAUUUCACCAACUGAAAUCCAUGCCACCUUCUGUGUUCAACAUUAAAAAAAUUGUACAGAGUGAUGCCACUGAGAUCCUUGUUCAACUAGAUGAUCUUCUUGCUCAAAAGGAUGCUCUUGGCUUGAGAGAAGGCGUUCAAAACACUUCUUCUCAAAGGCCUCUUGCUCCUUUAGUCGAACAAUCUGAUGUUUAUGGAAGGCAUGCUGAGAAAGAAGCCAUUGUUGAUCUGUUGAUAAGAAGUGAUGAUGUUGAUGGUGGUACUAACAUUUCAGUCAUCCCAAUUGUCGGGAUGGGUGGUGUUGGAAAGACUACUCUUGCUCAACUUGUUUAUGAUGAUGUUCGAGUUAAAAAUCAUUUUGAGCUAAGAGUGUGGGUUACAGUGUCAGAUCAUUUUGAUAUUUCAAAGAUAACAAGAGAGAUCUUUGAGGGAGUCACUUCUAAAAAGUGUGAUAUCGAGAACCCAAACGAAAUUCGAAGAAGAUUGAAGGAAGCAUUGCUGGGGAAGAAGUUUAUGUUUGUUCAUGACGAUGUUUGGAACGAGUCUUAUACUUCCUGGGACUCUUUGAAGAGCUGUUUCAAUUCUGGAGCAAAUGGAAGUAAAAUUGUUGUAACUACUCGAAGCGAAGUUGUCGCCUCUACUAUGGCAACUGUGAAAAUUCAUCAACUCAACAUUUUGUCAGAUGAAGAUGGUUGGCAGUUAUUUGUCAAACAUGCCUUUGGACCCAACGAUGAACUCGGUAAUAAGUACAAAGAUUUGGAGGAAUUGGGUAGAAAAAUAGUAUGCAAGUGCAAAGGUCUUCCGCUAGCAAUAAAAUCUCUUGGUGGAUUAUUGCGGUCUGAACGAAAUGCCAAAAAGUGGAGGGACAUACUCAAUAGUGACACAUGGGAGGAGCUGUAUAAGAAGGAGGGUUCUAUUCUUCCAGCUUUAUGGUUGAGCUACCGUCACUUACCUGCACGUCUCAAGCAAUGUUUCGCUAAUUGUUCAAUAUUUCCCAAAGAUUAUCAAUUUGAAAGGAAAGAAUUGAUUUUGUUGUGGAUGGCACAAGGUUUUCUGCCGCUUGAUAAGACCAGCAAAAAGAUGGAGGAACAUGGGGAGGAAUACCUUGAAGAUCUUUUGUCAAGGUCAUUGUUUCAACAUUCAAAUAAAGAAAAAUCAUUGCUCCAAAUGCACGACUUGGUACAUGAUUUGGCCAUAUUUGUAUCAAAUAAUUUUUGCUUUAGGUUGGAUUUGAGUAAUGAUUUACUUAAUCUUUCAACAAAGACACGUUACUUGUCAUAUAUGAAAUGGGAAUGCAAGAUGGACAAAAUCAAGGGCUUGCGUGAAGCCACGAGCUUGCGUACCUUUCUAGCAUUGCCAUUCCAAAAAGGUGUAUUGAACUACAUGGAGUAUGAUAUGUUGCUUACAAGUAGAAGUUGUUUAAGAGUACUUUCUUUAAGUGAUUGUGGAGAAGUUGCCUCACUCAAUUGCAAAUCACAAGCAUUUGAGACUUUAUUAUUAAAUGGGUGUAAAGAGCUUUGUGAAUUACCAAAGAAGAUGGGAAGGUUGAUCAACUUGCGAUAUCUUAAUAUUGAGAACACUGAAGCACUGAAAGAGCUUCCCCAAGAACUCAAUACUAUAGAACACUUGUAUUUCUUAUCUGAUGUGAUAUUGAGUAGUGGAGGCCUUGAUAUGAAAAAGGUAGGACAGCUUGAGAACUUACUUAGAAUUUGUGGGUUGGAAAAUAUCAAGGAUGCAAGAGAAGCUUCAGAGGCUAAUUUGAGGGAUAAGAGGUGUCUUUCCAAACUGACUUUGGAGUGGGAUGGUAAUGGUGUAGAGGCUGAUAGUUCACUAAAAGAAAAGGAAAUACUUGAUGCACUUCAACCACAUACAAACUUGGAGCAUCUUGUGAUUCAUGGUUACAGAGGCACAACAUUGUCAGAGUGGAUUGUAAGCUCUGCAUUUUGUAAGUUAGUAUCAAUGACAAUUAUCUGUUGUAAGAACUGUUGUAUGCUACCCCCACUUGGGCAACUACCAUUUCUCAAAGAUCUUACAAUCCAGGGAUGUGAUAGUGUGAUCUCAAUAGGAAAUGAGAUUCUUGGUGACAAGGGUCCUCUAUUCAGAUGUCUAGAAAAGCUAAGUAUUUUAAAUAUGUUGGAGUGGAAAGAUUGGUCAUUUAAUAGUGAAGCUGUGCAACAAGGUCAAAUAUUAUUCCCUCUUCUCAAAAGCCUCUUACUGUUUAGAUGUCCAAAGCUUAAAGUUGGGUUACCAAGUUGUUAUCUUCCAUCCUUGGAAGAACUCACUCUAUGGGAUUGUGAACAAAUAGUGAGUUUGGUAGCGAUAACAGAAACUCAACAGACAGCCCUUCCCAAACUAAAGGAGAUUGAGUUAUGGAACUCCAAAAGGGUCUUUGAUCUGCAUACACUCUCAUCUUUAGAAUCCUUAAAUGUCUAUAAUUGGAAAGAUGAUUGUUUUCCCGAAGACGAAGGGCUGCUUCCGACCACUCUGAAGACACUUCGUAUUGGGGAUGCUUGGAGGCUUGAAAGCCUAAACAGCAAGGCCCUUCAACAACUCACAUCCCUUCAGACAUUGUAUAUAAAUGAUUGUGAAAGGCUGCGGUGCUUGCCAAAAAAAGGGCUGCCUAAAUCUCUCACUCUUUUAGAUAUCAAAUAUUGUCCUUUGGUAAAGCUACGGUGUGAGAAAGAGGAAGGAGAAGAUUGGCCUAAGAUUCAACACAUCUCAAAAGUGAAAUUGGAUGGAAAAUGUAUCAAUUAA